AUGCUCAUCACCCAGCUCAACCGCGAGUGCCUGCUGCACCUCUUCUCUUUCCUGGACAAGGACAGCAGGAAGAAUCUCGCCAGGACCUGCUCCCAACUCCAGGGCGUGUUCGAAGACCCUGCGCUCUGGCCCCUGCUGCACUUUCAUUCCCUCACAGAACUCAGGAAGGACAACUUCCUGCUGGGUCCCGCGCUCAGGAGCCUCUCCAUCUGCUGGCACUCCAGCCGCGUGCAGGUGUGCAGCAUCGAGGACUGGCUCAAGAGCGCCUUCCAGAGGAGCAUCUGCAGCCGGCACGAGGGUUUGGUCAAUGACUUCCUCCUCCAGGUUUGUGACAGGUGCCCCCAUCUUUCGUCCCUCACGCUGUCAGGCUGUGGCCACGUCACCGACGACUGCUUGGUGCGUCUGUUGUGCUGCUGUCCACGACUGCGGGAGCUGCGCCUGGAGAACUGCGCGCGCGUCACCAACCGUACGCUGGUGGCCGUAGCGGCACACGGGCGCGCGCUGCAGACUCUGCACGUUGACUUCUGCCGCAACGUGAGCGCGGCCGGCUUGCGUCGCCUACGCGCCGCGUGCCCACGUCUGGCGCUGCGCGCAGAGCACAGCGCAGCCAUGAUUCCGGAUCGGCUCCCGCGCACCGCUGCCGCGUCCGGCCUGGCCUUCCGGAAACUGUUACUGCGCUAG